CGUGCAAGGCUGAUGCACUUUCCUCACAGCUCCAUUCCGUCCACCUUCCACGCAAGCUUGACUGGACUGUAAUUUGGUUGCCAACUGUAUAUUUCUUUGGUUGAGCUCGCGUUAUCUUGGAGUCGUAGCGGGGUUAUGAUUGUCGUGCCGUCGCAAACAGGCGAGCACCGGCUGGCGGAAGUCCCUCCCGCCAUGGCGCACGCGGAGCAUCCGCAUCCGCAUCCGCAGCCGCCGCGUGAUUGGGAGCAGCAGAUGGUUUUAAGCAGCGUGGGCGACUGGCAGGCAUGGGCCAAGGAGUUUAGCGAAGCCGCGACCGUCAUUCGUGGCCAUGAGACUGACGACUCGUUGGACGGGCAGCCUGCGACGACGGUGAAUGGCGCCACGGCUGCACCCCAACCCGAGCAGACGCGGCAGUCGCAGCAUUAUUCGCAGCUACAAUCGCAACAGCAGUCGCAGCAGCAGUCGCAGCAACAGUCGCAGCGGCAAUCGCAGCAGCAACAGUCGCAGCAACACCUGCAGUCGCAGCAACACCUGCGGUCGCAGCAACACGUGCAACCGCAGCGGCAGUCACUUGAGCAGCUAAUGCCAGGGGAACAUGACCAGCGGGUGCAGGCCCGAGAGCCACUGCCGCAGCGACUGCAGGAACAGCCGCAGCAGAAUUUAUACCAGCAACCGCAGCAGCAACCGCAGCUGCAGCAGCAGCGGCAAGCGCAACAGCAAGCGCAGCAGCUAGCGGGUGGCGGGGCGGUCGAGCGUGCCACCGCGCCCGACUUCCCCCAGCAGUAUCCGCGCGCUCUUUCAUUAGCGGCUUCCGCAGACGGCCCCCUCUCCGCGGCUGUCGGCGGAGAGGAUGGCGGAACAUUCGGACGCGGAAGGUCGCUGAGCGUUGCGCACUCGCGCGCAAGCAGUGCGCGGGCGAGCGCGCUCUCCAUGAUCGGCACGGCGCAGGUCCCCGCGGACGCGCAGAGUGAGAGCCUGAGCGGGCGGCGGCGCUACGCGGUGACGAAUAUACGGCGGGACAAGCUUGCCAAGGGCCACGAGGGCGUCCCCGAGUGGAACGAGGGGUGGAAUCGCGAUCGCGAUCGGCGCAACACCGCCAAGCAAGCGCUGCCCGUCAGUCCGCGCCUCGCGCUCCGCUCGCUCAUCACCACCGUUAGAAGCGCCGCCGCGGCUACCGCCACCAUCACCACCAUCACCAGUAGCGCCAGCGCCGGCAGCGCCAGCGGCACCACCGCCAGUGACGCGACUGCUGCUGCUGCUGGUGGUGGUGGCGGCGGCGGUGGCGGUAAGGGCGAAGCAUCCGGCGCUGCCGCGGGCGCGAGCGGCGGGCCAGCAGCAGCGGCGGCUGCGGUGGUGGCGGGCGGGCAGCAUAAGCGCGGGUUCAAAUUCUCCGCGUCCUUCUCGCGCUACUCCGACGAGCGCAAGGCGUUUUCGCCGCGCUCACUCUCCGUCUCCACCUCCGCCUCCGCCUCGUCCUGCGCUCCUUCUGACCCUGGCGCGGAGGCGCGGGCAGAAGAGGUGGCGGCAAGGGCUGGCGCGGCGGCGGAACACGGGCGGGAGAGGCAGCGCGUUGGCGCAGCAGGGGGAGGCGCAGCAGGGGGAGGCGCAUCAGGGGGGCGGGCAGCCCCUAUCCCCUUCUCCCUGGAGCAGAUGGAGCGAGAGCUGGAGGAGAUAGACGAGUUCGAGGCGCAGCUCAGCACCAUUGGGACUCGUCCACGUGUCCCUGACGCCCACUCAUGCUGCUCCCAGCGUUGUCACCCGCCCAUCCACCCAUCCCACCCAUCCCACCCAUCCCACCCAUCCCACCCAUCCCACCCAUCCCACCCAUCCCACCUCGCUGGAGCCUCAGCGGUUUCCUCCGUUCUUAUCUCACCCCCCCCCCACCCUCUCGCCGCGCCCUCCCCCCUCCCCUCCACCCCGCCUCUCCUCCCCCAUCCGCCCUCUCCCCCCGCUGUUCCCCCCCCUGCGCCCCCACCCGUUCCUUCUGCUGCUCUCGCGCUGGCCCUCCCUGCUCCAGCCGCUGAGCCUACCCCCCCCGCGCCUUCUGCGCCCUCUGCUGCGUCUCCCCCUGAUCCGCCUGCUGCGCGCGCGCCCAUGGACCCCAUGGGGACGGGCAGCAGGGGGGCGCGGGAGGCGGGCGCGGAGGAGGGGAGGGGCGCUGGGAUGGGCGCAUCAGAGGUGGGGGGAAGGGAGGCAGAGGGUGUUGGAAAGGGCAUGGGGGCGAGGGGAGGAGGAGUAGGGACGGGGAGGCGUAGCGAGGGUACAUGCUAUGCAGACCACACAGAUGAUGCAGCAGGGGCAGCGGCAGGGGCAGCGGCAGGGGCAGCGGCAGGUCCAGGUUUAGGGGCAGGGCCAGGGGCAGGGGAUGCAGAUGGGGUAGGGGAUGGGGAUGGGAACGGGGGAGGUGGUGACUAUGUGGGUGGUUUUGUUGGUGAACGGACGCCAUUGGCACAGACGCUAACGGAGACCACUCCCCCUCCUCAUUCGCCUUCUCCUGCUGCCGCUGCUGCUCCUUCUCACUCUCCUGAAGGUUAUGCGUCUGCUGCCCUUGCUCCUGCUGCCCUUGCUCCUGCUGCUCCUGCUUCUGCUGCUACUGCUGCCGCUGCUCCUGCUGUUCCCCCUCGUUCAUCCUCCUCCCAUGUUACAGCAAGCGCGGCUGCUGGUGCUGCUGUUGCUGCUGUUGCAGGAGGUGUGGAAUCAGCGCACCCAGUGGGCGAUGUGGGCAGGGAGGGUCGGGCAGUUGCAGCCACAGGGCAACGGAUGCAAGGGGAAGGCGAGCCGGCUGCAGCCGCGAAAGCAGCAGCAGGAGGAGCAAUGGCAGUGUUGGUAGCGGAGGAAGGGGCUAGAGGAGAAGCCGGGGUAGGUGGCGAUGAUGCAGGCAGCAGCAUGGGAGGAAGCACGUUUGAGUCACUCGCUCCAGUAAGCCAAGCGAGCCAAGCAAGCCAGUCCAACUCUCGUGCUUCCUUUGAGCAGCAUACAGCCGUUGAUCUCUCUCCCUCAGCUGCUGCAGCACCUCCUCCUCCUGCUUCUGCCCCUGUCACAUCCCCUCAACCCACACAAAGUGCCCCCUCUCCCUCUCCCUCUCCCUCAACCUCCCGAACUGGUAGUAGCGUCCUGCGUCGAUUCACUCUCCCUCUCCUGCACACGUCGCACACGUUUCACUCAUCGCACGCACCUCGCCACAGCACCACGUCCCCCUCGCACUCACACCCUCACGCUGCCUUGUCCCCGCCGUCAACCACUGCUGUGCCCGCCACCCUGCCGUCCAUCUCGCCUUCUCUUUCACCAACUGCCCCUCCUGCGGCCCCACCUUCGUCUGUCUCACCGACUGUCACACCUUUCGUCCCACGCUCUGUCUCCCCAUUGGCAUCGGCUCGCCGCUUCUUCCCCAUUAGCCGAUCCACCUCUGCUGUCGCCCCUUCCUCCUCCUCUCACUCUCACUCCCACUCUCACUCCCACUCUCACUCCCACUCGCGCUCCCCUGUCCGGCCCUCCUGUAUUUCCGCGCUGCGCCUUGACACCUCCCCUGUUGCCUCCGCCACCACUGCUGCUGCUGCUGCUGCUGCUGCCGUUGGUGCUGUGCCCUCGCCCCCCUCGUCCCCGGACGCAGAGGGAGAUGCCCAAGCACUCACUACUGGAGAUGCUGCUGCUGAAUCUACUAGCCCUUCUGCACCUGCAGCUGCUGCGGCUUCCUCCCCCACUUCUCCGCCCACAAACCCCCACCCCGUCUCCUUGCUCUCAGCGCGCUACCGCUUCCCUACCAGUCGAUCCACCUCCAGUGUACCUUCCUCCUCCUCCUCCUCCUCCUCCUUUUCCUCCUCUGCCGCUGUUGCCCUCUCCUCUUCCCCCUCCCCCUCGUCCAGUGCGGCAGGGGACAGAGCAGGAGAGAAAGCGAGCAUAACCAUGGAUCCUGCAAGACUGUUGCAGCGACUGGCGGCGCGGGCUAGAUUGAGUGAGGAGGAGGAGAGGAUGGUGGAACAACUAGCAGAAACCCUGCCAGGGAUCAGAGAAAUGGUGGGCCGGCAGCAGCUGUCGGGCAGGCACUCGCAGGAGCGAGGCAGGGGUGAGAGUAAGGAGAGUAAGGACGUGGAGAGCAAGGAGGAGAGGGUGCUAGUUGAGACUGAUGUGGGGCGGGUUGUCAGUGCGAUCGAGGAAGGGGAGGAGGAGGAGGAAUGGGCGGAUGCGCCGGGAAAGGCGGAGGAUGAGCGGGUAGAAACUCGCGCACCAGCCAAGAACCCGCCUCACUCUGCUGCUGCCGCUUCUCUCGCUGGUGCUGGUGCUGGUGCUGCUGAUGCUGCUGGUGCUGGUGCUGCUGGUGCUGCUGGUGCUGCUGGUGCUGGUGCUUGCAGCGCUCUGCUGUCCCCCUCGCCCCCGCCUGCCGUGGCCCGUAUGUCUGCAGCACAGCGCUGGCCUCGCAGCCUCUCCGCCCAUGCUGCUGCCAGCAGUGCGCACGGCAGGGAGGGCGCGGAGGAGCGCGGGAGGGAGGGCGAGGGCAUGAGCGGGCGGUACAGGCUGCGGCGGCUGAGCGGGCCUCUCAUGCCCCGGAGGGGGCAGAGGCACGAUAGACGGUUGAGCCAGGGGCAUGGCCGGGGGGAUAGCCAGGGGGAUGGCCAGGGGGAUAGCCAGGGGGAGGCGAGUGCGGACGAGGCGCAGGGGCAGGGGCAGGGGCAGGGGCGGGAUGGGAAGAAGGGCUUGUGGAGCUUGGAUGCAUGGCGCAAGCUGCUCUCCCCCUCCUCGCCCACCUGACAGCGCUCCAACCAGCAGAAUGCGAGCAUCGCCGUGGGUCAGUGCUGUGGGUCAGUGCGACGCUGGAAGGGCUACUGCUAAGCUGGAAUAGAAGGCACGGCGGAUGAUUCCUUUUUGCUGCGAUGCUUUGAAGGUCGUCUCGUCUGGGCUGCCUGGCCUGGCCGACAGCAUGAGCUUACCUGUGUAUGAAGGCCUGCAUUGAACGAAUGUUCAUUGGAAGUGCUAGUUAGGUAUGUUCAAAUUAUAUAAGUUAUAAUUUAAUAUAGGCUUGGUAGGUUGUUACUGAACCUUUCUGUAGGGGGUACAAACCCCUCCUUGUACUCCCCUCUCUUCCUAAUCCAACCCUCUUCU